AUGUUUUUGACAUUUUUGAACCCGGUAACUGCACGCACUGCUAACCAGCACCAGGCGGCCUUAAUCGCUAAGCCAUCACCCCUCCAAAAUCAUGGCGAUUAUUCCGAAGCAAAAAAGUGCCCGAACGGAUUUAGAAACAUCUUGAAUAAAUGUGUGAAAGUCGUCACAGAACGUCAAACAGGCAAUAAGGCAUUUGAAACAUGCAAACAACUAGGAGCUAACUUGGCUAUUCUAAAUUCAAAAACCUAUUUUGACAAACUGACCAAGUACUUGAUGGACAACUUCCGAGAAAGUUGCACUAGCACCAGAUCAUCAGGCAGUUUCUGGACGGCAGGUCACAGACUUCACGACACCAAUGUAUUUGUCUGGAAACCCUCAAAACUAUCAAAACAUAUGACUGGUCAUUGCAGAAAUGCUAUUAUAACUAAAAAUUGGGCCAAAAAUCAACCGGAUAAUACUUACAAUAAUGAAGAUUGCGUUGAAAUGUUUAUAGAUGGUAAUGAAAUGAAGUUUAACGAUUUGCCAUGCGCCAAAGGUCCGAACUACAUUUAUAAAAACUGCGCUGUCUGCCAAACAAAUAAAAAAUAA